AAAGUGUUCAGAGUCAAGUAUAAACUGCCCUCAAUACCUUAGCAAUAUCCAUUGCAUGUUCAAUUAGAUUGCAAAGCAAAAAGUAAAGCAGUGAAAUAAGAAAGGACAAGGUGGAAUAUUUACACUUUCACCACUAAGCUGACUGGAAACAUUUUGUGGCAGCUUUCCAUGCUUCAGGAGGAAGAAGACCAUGUGUGGGCAUAACUGACUGGGCCUUCUUAUAUAAGCAGAGGAAACUCCUACUCAGAGUGAGACAGCAAUUGCAUAUGCAGGGGACAGAACAUCAGUGAAUUGUUUGAUGCUGAACUGAAAAAGGAGGAAGGCCCAGCUAUCGCAGGUGACACGCAGCACUUUGGAGACUGGUAUUUUUGGACUAAUCAUGGAGCCUGAUUUCAGAUACCCCCAGGUUUACACUGUGGGCAGUAAUCUGAACUCCGAUUAUUGUUCCACAGUUUCUGCGCUUCCAGUAAUGGUGCCAACGAUGAAGAAAAGGACGACUGACUGGCAUAAAGCAUGCACUGUUGUGAUUCUGAUCCUAGCACUCUUAAUAUUGACAGGCAUGGCAUUUGGCAGCUUCCAUUUGUUUCAACUCCAUCAGAAACUCAACAAACUAAAACAGGAUCAGGAUAGUGAAGGUCAACAAGAAAAGAUUAUCGGAUCUGCAGAGAUCAGUAAAUCAACUGAAGUUGUUGCACAUGUUACAGGAAUGAACGUCAUUAGGAAUUCCAAUACACUCGUGUGGGAUGCUGAGAAGGGUCUUGCCUUGACCAAAGGAGUAAGCUACAAUGCAGGAGCAUUGGUUAUCAAUGAAGCUGGAAACUACUUAAUUUACUCUAAAGUGUUCUUCCGUGGGCAGGAGUGUACAUCGGACAUUUCUCUGGAACAUACUGUGUUUAAACGAACUAAGCUCUAUCCUAAAGAUAUUCAACUCAUGGUAAACAGCAAUGGCAACAGUUGUCCCGAGAAUCGUGCACAAUGGACAAGAAGUAGCUUUCAAGCAGGAAUUUUUAACUUGAAACAAAAUGAUCACAUAUAUGUCAAUGUCUCAGAUCCUAAAUUUGUAAGCUUUGAUCAGUUUAACACAUAUUUUGGAUUACAUAAGAUUUAAUUUGCAUUUUGAAAUGCAUGUUUUCUUUUAGUCUGGCUCUCAGAACUAUGCAUCCAAGUAAGCUUGUAAUUUAUUCUCUACAUUAGAGAAGUACUUGGGAAAGAAUAAUUUAAUAUCAUGCCAUAACCAAGCCUGUAGUGGAACUGUCUGAAUAUAUAUUGAAAUGUAUGGGAUAAAGAGUGAGAAUAAUUCUGACAAAGAAGAUUCACUGUUCUAUAAUGGUAUUAAUGUGUAAUAAACUGAUUAGAAUUUGCUAAAGAUUUAGUCAUAUCCAGAGUGUGCUUACACUGAGUUUGGCAAUGGCUGGAUUUGCCUGUCUAAUGUUCUGAAGAAGGGUCACCAGACCUGAAACAUUAACUCUGAUUUUUAAUUCACAGAUGCUGCCAGACCUGCUGAGCUUUUCCAGCAACUUCUGUUUUUGUUCCUGAUUUACAGCAUCCGCAGUUCUUUUGGUUUUUAUAAUGUAUUUGGGCUUUUAUCUCAUCACUUUAUAUGGAUUAAAUGAAGUUUCCAAAGGC